AUGCCUCGGUAUAUGCUCCUCAUCAAGGCUUCUCCUGAGGCGGAAUCUGGUAUUGCCGCUCCCGAGACGUUUGAGGAGAUGACUACCUUCAAUGAGCAACUGAACGCGGCUGGUGUUCUUCUUGGUGGAGAAGGCUUCCGCCCGACUGCCGUGGACAGCUUUCGCAUCAAGUACUCACCCACCUCCCCUGCAGAGGUAACCAAUGGCCCUUUUGACGUUGAGAAGGAGACGCAUGUGUGCGGGUGGUGGAUUCUGAAGACGAAAGAUGCGGAGGAAGCUCUGGGCUGGGCGAAGAAGAUUCCUUUCAAAGAUGGCGAGGUUGUGAUGCGGAGGAUUGCAGAGAUGGAGGACUUUGGUGAUAAUGUAACUGAAGAGGUAAAGGACAGAGAGAACAAGGUGAUGAAGGAGGUAGAAAGAAGGGCUCAGGGGGGUCGAAGCUCAAACUGA